UCGUUGGGAAGCUCAAAGUGGCCUCUUUAUACAUCAAGACUAAAAUAUUUCACGUUUACCUGUCUGCAGGCCAGUAACCAGGAUUUUUCGAGUGGGGGCCGGGGGUGUGGUUGUUAAGGGUCUGCCUGUCCUUUCUCAUCGGGGAACUCUCUUACCUAGCAUGAACCCAAUUAAUGAACACAUGGACCCCGUUUGUCAAUUAUCCAUUUUUUCUAGUUCUGGUAAAACUGCAGCAUUUGCUCUUCCAAUACUUCAAUCCUUAAUGUCCAAUCCACAACGUCUCUUCGCUGUUGUAUUGGCUCCGACGAGAGAACUUGCAUUUCAAAUUUCGGAUCAAUUUGUGGCUUUAGGUGCAACUAUCGGCCUCCAAGUUUCUACAAUUGUUGGUGGUAUUGAUAUGUCAACACAAACAUUGUCUCUUUCUAAAAGGCCUCAUGUUAUUGUUGCUACCCCCGGUCGUCUCGUUGACCACCUCGAAAACACCAAAGGUUUUGAUCUUCGGUCAGUCAAAUAUUUGGUUUUGGACGAAGCGGACAGAAUACUUAAUAUGGACUUUGAAUUGGAAUUGGAUAAAAUUCUUAAAGUUAUUCCAAAUACAAGGCAUACAUUUUUAUUUUCGGCAACGAUGACACACAAGAAGCCUGUUCGAGUUGAAUUGUCUACUAAAUAUCAAACAGUCAGUACAUUGAUUCAAAAUAUGCUCUUUAUUCCCUUCAAGUAUAAGGAAGCUUAUCUAGUCCACGUUUUGAACGAAAAAGCAGGCAAUACAGCAAUAGUUUUUUGUUCAACUUGUGCAAGUUCAGUAAAAAUAGCUCUAAUGUUAAGGCAAUUAAGUUUUGGAGCAAUAGCAUUACAUGGACAAAUGUCACAGCCAAAACGUUUAGGAGCUUUAAACAAAUUCAAAAAGAAGGAUAGGCCAAUUUUGGUUUGUACUGAUGUUGCUUCUCGAGGUCUUGAUAUUCCUCAUGUUGAUAUGGUUUUAAAUUAUGACGUCCCAACACAUUCUAAAGAUUAUGUUCAUCGUGUGGGAAGGACUGCUAGGGCUGGGAAGUCAGGGAUUUCAAUCACUAUAGUCACGCAAUACGAUGUUGAAAUUUAUCAGAAAGUUGAAAAUUCUAUUGGAAAGAGGCUUGACCCGUUGGAAGUUAAUCAUGAAGAAGUUAUGAAAUUGGUGGAAAGAGUGUCUGAAGCUGGGAGGAUGGCUGCAAAUCGUUACAAAGAAAUGUUGGAAGGAAGUAAAGGAGGAGGAUCUAAAAAACAUAAAUUAAUGUUGGGAGUAAAUAAUGAAGAUGAAGAUUUGGAACCAGCAAGAAAGCGCCAAAAAGCUGUUUUAAUGAAAAAGAAGAAAAAUAGAUGA